CCAAACGGGGAAACUACAGAUUUGCCACUCACGCUCAAUCACCCUCGACUCGUUUACUCGACGCUUCCACCGACCACCGUUCACCGCCGCCGUCCUGCACUCCUGCUCCACACUACACACACUCCUCGGCUCCGUGCCACCGACCGCCGGAUCCCACCCACCAGCCUUCCACACGCAGCGAGCGGCAGCUGCAGCUCUCCUAGGUCUCUCGACCCCCACGCGAUUAAGCGAUUCAAAGUCGGAGCGUGGCGGAGAGGCGGCAAUGGAGUACAGGAGGGUGAAGGAUCAGGAGAUUUAUGAUGAUUUAUCUCAGAAGGAUGUGGAAAGCCUGAGUGGGAGGACACUAUCUAGCGCCAACACUAGUGGUCUCAGCUAUACAGGAGGUGCAAAAGGCAAGUCUAGUUGGAAGCUAAAGUCUGUUGUCACUCUUGCAUUGACAUUACUAACAAGUUCUCAGGCAAUAUUAAUUGUGUGGUCAAAAAGAGCUGGAAAGUAUGAAUAUAGUGUCACAACAGCUAAUUUUUCGGUGGAGGCUUUAAAAUGCCUUCUAUCACUAGCUGCUCUUGUUAGGACGUGGAACCGCCAUGGUGUCACUGAUGAUAAUAGGUUAACCACAUCUUUUGAUGAAGUGGGUGUAUAUCCAAUUCCUGCCGUUCUUUACAUGGUAAAGAACUUAUUGCAGUACUAUAUCUUUGCCUAUGUGGACGCACCAGCUUAUCAGAUCUUGAAGAACCUAAAUAUCAUCAGCACAGGUGUUUUGUACCGCAUCAUUUUGAAGAAAAAGUUAAGUGAAAUUCAAUGGGCAGCAUUUGUUCUUCUAUGUGCUGGUUGCACAACAGCUCAACUUAAUCCUUCGUCUGACCAUGUGCUUCAAACUCCUAUUCAAGGUUGGAUGAUGGCAAUUGUGAUGGCUCUUUUGAGUGGUUUUGCUGGGGUAUAUACAGAAGCUAUCAUUAAAAAACGGCCAUCAAGAAACAUCAACGUGCAGAACUUUUGGCUAUACAUUUUUGGGGUGAUCUUCAAUCUAGUUGCAAUUUGUGUUCAGGAUUAUGACGCAGUUAUGAAUAAAGGCUUUUUCCAUGGGUAUUCAUUCAUCACAGUUUUGAUGAUUCUGAACCAUGCACUGAGUGGAAUUGCUGUUUCAAUGGUGAUGAAAUAUGCUGAUAACAUAGUCAAGGUUUAUUCAACUUCAGUUGCAAUGCUUCUGACAGCAGUUGUCUCUGUCUUCUUGUUCAGCUUCCGUUUAUCCCUCGCGUUCUUACUUGGAUCCACGGUUGUGUCUGUCUCGGUGUACCUGCACUCAAUUGGAAAACUUCAACCACAAAAAUAAGGUUUGUUUAGUCACUGGUUACUGACUGCUCCUCAUCUGUCAGUAAUUACUGGAUAACGCAAAGGAUUGGUGAAGAUGGAAUCUGGGAUUCAUUAUUGGUGUUUGGUGCUUUGAGGCUAGAAGCAAAGCUUUAGUGGAGAUGAGAUUUGAUUGCAUAGUUAACCUGUGGUAAAAAGUAAGACCCAGAAAUGUAUUUUUGGAGGGGUUCUAGCUAUUAUCUGGUCACAGUUUUUUCUUCUCCUAUCAAGUCAAGUUCGUUAAUCGCUAACCGCAUCGUUGCCUAGUUUUUGAGAUAUCAAUCACACAUUUAUUGUAAUGCUAGUGUUUUGAAAUACUAGGUAGCACAAAAUUGUUGUAUUGAACCGGUCGCCUUUUGAUUCUAAUGUAUAGAAUUACCAUUCUUUUUACCA